CUUGCCCAGAGAGUCUUAUCUAGUAUUGAGUAAGGUGUACAAUCGAGCUGUGCUGACCCAAAGUCAUUGUUCUCCGUUUGUACCAUUCAGUGGCAUUAAAAUGGAAGAUUCUUGCUUUGUAGCAAGAUCUAGAAUACGUCAACCUAAUGUGUCAGCCUCAGCCUCUUUAAAGUAUCACCGAGCCGCUGUGAUUGGCGGAGGGUCCCUUUCCACCUUGACCACGGAUGGAUCCAAUUUGAAUAGCCAACCCCCGCUAUUGACUAAUCCAUCCCAGCACCUGCCCAAUGGCCAGCCUCAUUUGCUUCAGCAUCAUCACCAAUUUCAAUUUGAGCCAAGUCAUCCGGCGCCUCAGCAUCCGAAUCAACGAAUUAGUUAUGCUGUGGCCGGACAUUAUGGCAGUGCUUCAAAAGCGCCGUGUGAGUCUUCACCAACACGGGUGGCAAGUGUCAAUCCAUCGAAUCUCUACAGUGGGGGACUGAAUCGAUCCGGUCAAUUAUCAUCUUCCUCACAUUCGUCUACCUCGUCCAAUGCUAUAUCAGGAGCAGCCAGUGGUGGUGGUACUGCUGUUGCUAGUGCGAUCGUCCCCACUCCGAAUUCAACUGCAUUGCCCAACCCUCCAUCCAAACAAGCUUCAAAGGCCAACCUUCAAGGCUCAUUGUCCAGUGGCGGAGUCAAACUUCGACGACCUAAGGUUCCUGACAGUUCGGCCACGCCUUCCUCCGCUUGUUCUUCCUCUCAAAACACCCCUGCUCAAAGAACGUUUCCCAAAGAUUUGAACGAUCUUCAAGGGGCAUCCAGGCGUCAUGGCAUGUAUCUGUCGGCGGGAAUGCGAUCGUCCAUUGCAGUGAUGACCCCGAGCGAAGAUUACUCAAGUAGCAAUAGUUCGUUGUCCAAAUCGACCAAGACUGAAUCGAAACCCCCUUUGCCGCCAAGUUCUGGCGAUUCGGCCGGUCCCAGGCCACCACCGCGAUCUCGACCCAAAAGCUGGACCUCGUCCCUUUUCAAUGCCAUGAAAACUAAUCACAAAAGUGUGAACUUUCAAUCAGUUUUAGAAGAGCAGCACAACGACUUGGAUCAAUCCAAGUAUCAGGCUAGUGUCGAGGGUCAACAAAAGUUCUAUUCGUUACCCCGUCCGGGAAAAGAAGAGGGAGAUGAGAUCUCAGAGGCUGACAUUGAGCGUGUCUUGAAAUUGUCGAGCAAAACUAGAAGUAGAACGCCUAGUCCAUUCAGAGCUAUGCUCAAGGGUCUCGUCAAGGGUGUGGUGCACGAGAACCCUCCAAUGGGGAGCGAUGGCGAAAGCGAAGAAGGAUCCCGUCAUUCCGAAGAUGUUGUAUCUCCGGCAGCGCGCGGAGCAAGCAAUAACGAUACCAAUACCUCAAGUGGCAACAACGCUCCUUUGGCUGGCGUGAAAUUGCGUCAAAAACCUGGUUCCGGAAACAACUUGAACCCAACGCGGAAGCUCUCCAGUCAAGAAGAGAUCAACAAGCGAUUAUCCUUGCCCGCAGAUUUAAAGCUACCCGACACGUUUGUGGAGAAACUGGCCGUGUCCCCGACGCUAGAUGGGCCUUUGUCCCGAGCCACCCGGAGGCAAUCUCUUUCCGAGAUUGGUUUCGGUCGAAUGGACACAUACACAAAGCUAGACAAAUUGGGGGAGGGAACUUACGCUACAGUAUUCAAAGGCAAAUCCAGACUCACGGAUAAUUUGGUGGCCCUCAAAGAAAUUCGUCUGGAACAUGAAGAAGGCGCCCCUUGCACGGCGAUCAGGGAGGUGUCUUUGCUCAAGGACCUGAAACACAACAAUAUCGUUACCCUCCAUGACAUUGUCCACACUGAAAAAUCGCUCACUCUGGUCUUCGAAUAUCUGGAACGAGAUCUGAAACAGUACAUGGAUGAUUGUCAGGGAAUUCUGGCCAUGAAUAAUGUGAAAAUCUUCUUGUAUCAAUUAAUACGAGGACUGGCAUAUUGCCACUCGAGAAGAAUUCUACACCGAGAUCUCAAGCCACAAAACCUUCUCAUCAAUGACAUGGGAGAAUUAAAAUUGGCCGACUUCGGUUUGGCUCGUGCUAAGUCUGUACCAACCAAGACCUACUCGAACGAAGUGGUCACGCUGUGGUACCGCCCUCCAGAUGUCCUUUUAGGCUCCACGGAGUACUCAACUCCCAUUGAUAUGUGGGGUGUUGGAUGCAUUUUCUCAGAAAUGGCCUCGGGCCGACCCCUGUUUCCUGGUUCAACUGUUGAAGACGAGUUACAUCUCAUCUUCAAGGUGAUAGGCUCUCCGUGCGAGGACACGUGGCCAGGAAUAUCUUUGUCAGAGGAAUUGAACCAUUACCAUUUCCCGCAAUAUCCUGCCGAGCCAUUGGUUAAACGUGUGCCAAGGCUUGAGCAAGAAGGCAUUGACCUGGCGUCCAAAUUCUUGCUGUAUGAGGCUAAGAAGCGAAUAUCCGCCCAAGACGCUAUGAAACAUCGCUACUUUGACAGUUUAGGCAAGGGCGUACAGAACUUGGGUGAUGUUCAGUCUUUGUUCACGGUUCCUGGUAUUCAUUUGUCGAAAGAUCCCGGCUACAAUCCAUCGGUAUUCCCCCACGGUUCGGGGAGGAUCCGUCGGCAGAGCAUGCUUCUUUGAAAUGGAUCCUGUCGGUUCCACCUUCUUCUUUUCCGCGCCUAUCUCCGCCAUCAAUACCAUCUUGAGAGCGGGAUUGCGAGAAAUUAGGUUCCAUUGAACUAAGCGCUACGGGAUCCAAGAUGUUAGUGCUCGAAAUCUGGGUUGAGGUUGUUUAUCUCGACCCACCUCACAACUGUGAUUAAUCGUGCUCAGUUUUCGUAUAUGUCUAGAUCAGGGCGAUGGCUUUCGAAUAAGAAAGAUUUCUAGACCCUG